AUGCCCCUGGAAGAGCGCGACCAGCCGCUGUUGAUAAUCGAGGAUGAAGAAGAGACAGCGUACGAGAAAACGGAGAAGGUUCACAUUGCGGAGGAGGGAGACGAGACGGACAUCGAGUACGGUGGCGGUGUUGGGUGCGGCGGAGCUCCGCCGUUCUCGUGGCGGAAGCUGUGGCUAUUCACCGGACCUGGGUUUCUCAUGAGCAUCGCGUUCCUCGAUCCGGGGAAUCUCGAAGGGGAUCUUCAGGCCGGAGCCAUCGCCGGUUACUCGCUGCUCUGGCUGCUGAUGUGGGCGACGGCGAUGGGGCUUCUGGUUCAGCUAUUGUCGGCGAGGCUAGGCGUCGCGACAGGCCGUCACUUGGCUGAGCUCUGUCGGGACGAGUACCCGACAUGGGCGAGGAUGGUGUUGUGGAUUAUGGCGGAACUCGCCCUGAUUGGCUCCGAUAUUCAGGAGGUCAUCGGGAGCGCAAUCGCCAUCAAGAUUCUGUCGAAUGGGGUUUUGCCUCUCUGGGCUGGUGUCGUUAUCACUGCUCUCGAUUGUUUCAUCUUUCUGUUUCUUGAGAACUACGGAAUAAGGAAGCUGGAGGCAGUGUUCGCGGUUCUUAUUGCCACAAUGGCACUAUCCUUCGCCUGGAUGUUCGGUCAGGCCAAGCCCAGUGGCACCGAGCUUCUCGUGGGCAUGUUGGUUCCAAGACUCAGCUCAAGAACAAUACAGCAGGCAGUUGGAGUCGUAGGCUGUAUAAUAAUGCCUCACAAUGUGUUUCUUCAUUCUGCUUUGGUCCAAUCGAGGGAAGUUGACCAGCGAAAAAGAUACCGUGUUCAGGAAGCCCUGAACUAUUACACCAUUGAGUCGACCCUUGCUCUAGUUGUCUCGUUCGCGAUCAAUCUGUUUGUCACAACAGUGUUCGCCAAAGGGUUUUAUGGUACAGAGAUCGCCAAUGGUAUCGGCCUUGUGAAUGCAGGAGAGUACCUUCAAGAGAAAUAUGGAGGUGGCUUGUUCCCGAUACUAUACAUAUGGGGUAUCGGCUUAUUAGCGGCUGGGCAGAGUAGCACCAUUACGGGUACUUACGCAGGGCAGUUUAUAAUGGGCGGUUUUCUCAACUUGAGGUUGAAGAAAUGGUUGAGGGCUUUGAUCACACGUAGCUUUGCCAUCAUUCCAACCAUGAUCGUUGCUCUCAUUUUCGAUUCAUCAGAGUCUACACUCGAUGUUCUGAACGAGUGGCUGAAUGUUCUCCAAUCCGUUCAAAUCCCCUUUGCACUCAUCCCUUUGCUGUGUUUGGUUUCUAAGGAGCAACUCAUGGGUAGUUUCAAGAUUGGUCCUUUUUACCAGACAGUAGCGUGGCUCGUGGCUGCUCUAGUGAUAGCAAUCAACGGCUACCUCUUGCUGGAGUUUUUCACGUCGGAAGUCAGCGGAAUUAUGUUCACGUCGGUGGUUUCGGCUUUCACAGCCGCAUAUGUAGCAUUCAUAGUGUACCUCAUCUCUCGUGGCUUCACUUUCACCCCGUCCCGUUUCAAAGCUCAUCCCAACCUUUGAACCCUAAACCCCGACCAGACCCGACCCGAAUAACAUUAGGGCCUGUCCUAGUGUUUGGCUGUUUGUUUGGGACUCUGCCCUCCCUGUAGUGUUGUAUUAUGUAAGCUGUUUUUUUUUUGUCUUAAGCAUUUAGUUGGAAACCAGACAUGUAGGAUCUUCUUCUUGUAUCAGUAAUGAACACAAUCAUAUGAUAAAGGAUCAACCCAAUUCCUAUCCCAUCUAGUGGGAGUGUCGGGAAGAGAAUAUACUAUGCCACUUUACCCUUA